CGUGCGACUUCCGCUUUUGCCGAUAUAGAGAAAUUGGGUCAAAUUUUACUUUUAUAUUUUUCUCAUUUUCUUGUUUGGGAAAGAAGGAAGCCAAUAAUCUGCUAAGAUGACAGACAUGCCAACAACGUACGAGACCAAGACAUCAAGUCACGUGGAGAGUGGACACACAGACUCCACGCAAACGGGAUGUUAUACGGGGUAUAUCAGAACAAUUCCCGGUAUUUUAAAAAUUGUUGAAAUGGUUUUAGAUCUGAUAGUCAUCAUUUGCUGUGCGUGCAUCGUAGGCGGAGGAGGAACCAGCGGCUGGGGAACAUUUUUGGCCGCGUCUGCUAUCAUAACAACCGCAAUUCUGUUUAUAUUCCACAUCACAAAUUUGAUAAGCCGCUUACCAGGACCUUGGCUGGUCAUUGAGUUUGCCUAUUUUGUGAUCUAUGCAGCCCUGUACGUUAUCACGGCCAUCGUGUGUGCCGCGUUUGCCGGCACUUAUAUCUCCCCAGCAUCGGGUGCGGCCGCUUUCUUUGCAUUUGCCGCCGCUGGCGUCUAUGGUGUUGAUGCCUUUUUGAUGUUCAGGACAUGGCGUGCGGCGGGAAGUCCUGUCGGAAGGACCGAGAGUACGCAAGCAACGACUACCACAACUGUCACAACGGUGGAGACGGCACAGUACUAGAUCAUUGUUGUCAUAUGAAUUAGUGCUAAGGAUGGCCAUGUCUCUUUGUUCAGUAUCAUCCUAGACUUAUCCGUGUUCACCUCAUACAGCCAAUCCUGUUCGUCAGAUGUACUCAGUCAUCCUCUCAGACUGAAUCUGACCCCCAAAACCAGCAACAUCAGAUUCCAGAAUACUGAGAAUUAUUGCGCCUAUUUGUUUUUGCAAUUUGAAAAAAUUUUAAGAAAAAAGUUCAGAUUUUAUGAUUUAAUGGAUUAAAAACCUCCUUUCAGUGUAUCGAAUUAAAAAUGUUAUUUUUAUUUUCGCCAAUUUUUCCGCGAAAUCCACGAAAAUAAAACAUCGAAUAAAAGUUAGUGGCCAUAUUUGACAUUUUUGAACAUCUUCAUUUUAACGUUUACUUUAGUUUUGUGCUCAUUUUUUGACAGAAGAGUACCGUAAUUUGAAGACAGUACUUAGUGCACCAAGUGUUACACUGGUAAAUGAAUAGGUGUUUAUCUUUAAUGUUUGAUUGUUAACAGAAUAGCAUUGGGCCCUCAGUUUGAAUGUGGGCGUAACAAAAAUAACUGGGUCUUAAUGAUUAAAUGUUUGUAUAGUUUUAUACUAGGUUGUUCUAAUACACAUGAUUGUACAUUGAUAUUUUGAUGAUAGUUGACUAGAAGUGUCCACAAAUGUAUAAGUACUAUGUUUCGGCUCAAGUUGGUCAGAAUCAUGAUACAUUAUGCAGUGCAGUGGAACAUCCCUUAGCGGAUACCUCUGUAUCAAGGACACCCUCUCUAUAAAGGAUGCCGUAUUUGGUUGAAGAUUGAUCAUUUCCAUUGAAUUUGACCUCUUUAAUCCGGACACCUCUGUUUAUAACAGAGACGAUCUUGUCUAUUUACUGCAGUCUCAUGUGAAUGAUCUUCUGACAACUCUUGGCUGCGGCCUGUUCUUGUAAAAUGAAAUAACAUAUUGAUGGUUCUUUUGCACAUUGAGCUUGUGAGAGUGAAUAGGCCUAAGUCCCCAAAUUCGUUUAGUCCUACAACUUCAAGAUACCUGUUCAAUCCUCAGCGAUUCCAAUCAAAUCGACCCUGGCUGGAGGAUUUUAGGUCUGAAUCAAUCAGAUUGGUCUUUGAGUCCAUUCAUCUUUUCGGGGCAAUUUGUACAUCACUUAUUAUUGUCGACAUGUAUAUUGUACUGAUUGUUAUAUAUAUAUAUAUAUAUAUUUAUUUUGAUACAAGAGUGCUUCGUUCACCUUGUAGAGGAAUUCUUGAGAAUAUUUCUGCCAAAAUAUCUGAAGUCCAUCGGUAAGCUGUUGAUGGGGGGGGACGGGACAUUUCAAAUUACACCAACUGAUAAUGAAAGCGGGUUUCGCAAAGAGUCUGGUGUUGAACAUAGUGAACAGGGUAUGAAGUGAAUGUAUUCAACUCUUGAAGUGUCCAAUGAAUGAUGAAAACUGGUUGCAUGUCCAUGCAUCCCUAAAAGGUGAUCUUAAAAGUUUGUGUACCCCAUAUACAGGAAUCCAAAGAUAGGCAGAGUUAUUUCAUAUUCUAUAGUAUUCCUAUUUUUUAUGAUGGCAUGGAUAGCAUUUAAUGAUAACUUGUGUAGAGUUUGAGAAUUUCUUACACUAGAGCAUCUUAGAUAUAGAACUAGUACCCAUGGUUGUUCGUUAUUAUCAGUGUUGGCUUUGUAAUGACUGUCUCAGACCGAACAUUUUGAUGGGGAAACCCCCCACACCCUUAGUCGGGCUAAAACCUAUUCUUUAGGAAUACGAAUUUAGAAGAUCUGACGAGUUAUGGAUCCAUUAUAUCAUGUCUGUUGUAGAAUGAAAGUUCUCUGUUAGUAAUUGUGUAUUUGUUAAGUGCAAUAGACUUUCUGUAACUUAAAGUGGUACAUUCAUAGCCCCCACAGUGUAUAAAACAGCUGGAAGUACGCACAUUUUGACGUAAGUGUACCAGGGCUAUAACUGUAUCACCUUACCUUAUGGUUCAGUAUUCUUAGUUGGUACGUGUACCACGUUACUUUCUAUGCAGAUUAUGCUUUACAUGUAAACAACUCGAAGCAUCAUGACCUUGGAUGACCUUGUGUCUGAUGAUUGAUCAUCCAACUUACUUCUUCUCAAGUCUACAGAUCGCUCUUAACAUCUGGCAGUGACAGGACAUGACAUGAACUUCACAUUGUGCAACAUCAGCUGGUGAAAUAUGUCCGAUUUAAUGGUGGAAUUAUCUCUGUUGACUAAACGCCCUUGAAAAGAACGAACCGAAAUGGCAUAGCGUUUGUUAACUACUGAGAGAUCAAGGUGGUGUUAAAGAGAUUUAGGUCCUUGUCCAAAUCUGAAUCAAACUUGUAGUAUCAAAAUAUGCAAAAUUGUAAUAGGUGUUCAACAUUUAAUUUGUGGUGCUGUAAAGUAGGCUUACCGAUAUUAUUGUCUCUGUCGAUAGUUUUAGGACAGUUCCAUUGGGUCGGACCUUUUUCAAUCUUUGAGGGGGAGACAUUUUAACACCCAACAGCAGACAUAGGAAUGAUGUCAUUUCUAUUUGUUAGGAUAGGCAUGCAUUCAGAGUAAGUUAUUUAUUGUCCCUGCAUUUUCAGGAAACUCCCUGCUUGCUUCCCAAGCUUAUUUCUGCUGUUUCCUUGGCCUUUGCGCUCCCCUCUAGGUAUAAAAAGUUAAUAACUUGUUCUAACCCACAUAAUCAUAGUUACUCUAGCCUAGAUACUUGUCGGGUAGAAUUUGUAUAUGUAUAUUAUUAAAGUCGAUGCUUUUGAAAA